AUGUCUUGGUUUGGAUCAUCAGAGACGGAUGGACUUGAUCCAAUUAUAGAAAGGGCAACAUCCGAAACGAUCCCAAAUGGAGAUAUCGAUUUUGGUGCUGCUCUUGAACUCAGCGAUCGUAUAAGAUCUAAACAAAUUCCCCCAAAAGAUGCCAUGAGAUCUCUGAAGAAGCGCUUUCUUUCGAGCAAGGAUCCGAACAAACAAAAAUCAUCAUUGAAGCUAAUUGAUUUCUGCAUCAAAAAUGGCGGUGAGCAUUUCUUGCUAGACAUUUCGUCGAAGGAGUUCAUGGAUCCAUUCAUUGGCAUUUUGCAUGAUAAGAAUCUUAACGGAGAAGUUAAGCAAUAUCUUUUGGAGUUGAUUCAAUCAUGGUCUAUUAUGUUUAGUACACAUCCAAAACUUUCGUACGUGAAUGAUGUUUACAAGAAAUUGCAGGGCGAGAAAUUCAAGUUUCCAGAUAUUACCGAGUACGUAGACUCGAGCCUUAUUGAGUCUAAAGUGGCUCCGGAAUGGGAGGAUUCAGAUGCCUGCAUGCUAUGCUCAAAACUCUUCUCCUUCAUUAACCGUAAACAUCAUUGUAGAUCAUGUGGUGGCGUUUUUUGCCAGGAGCAUUCAUCGCAAAGUUGCGAGUUGCCAGAAUUGGGCAUAACUGUUCCUGUUCGUGUGUGCGAUACGUGCUAUCAGGAACACAUGGACAAGCUUGAGGCACAGAAGAAGACCUCAAAUAAGAAGUCACACAAAAAGCACAAGAGUAAUAAGGCUUCUUCGAAAUAUAGUAUUGGAAAUGAAGAUGAUGACCUCAAGAAAGCCAUAGAGCUUUCCCUGCAGGAGGCUGGCAUGACUCCAGAGGCUACAACAAACACUAAAGAUGAUAUAUCUCAACCACCACCAUACGAGGAUGAGGAUGCAGCAAUGAAGGCUGCUAUAGAAGCCAGCCUACAGGAUCUUCAUCAGCAGGAGAAGCCCAUCUCUUCGAACAACUCGGUUAAACAGGAUUCGCUAGUGAAGAAGGAGAACUUUUAUUCGAAUAUGCUUCCAUCGGAUAAAAACCUGAACACAGAUUUUCCAGCAGGUGAUAAUGUGUACAAUGCUGCGGAAGAGGUUGAACCAGCUCGUGAAUCGAUUGAUGAUUGCAGAAUAACAGGGAAAGAUGAAAAUAAUCUGCUUUUAUUUGUCAAGACCAUCAAUACUUAUUUAAAGACGAACCCCCAGCAGAGAAUACCGCUUAGCAAGGAUAUUACUAUGAAACAAAUGUAUAGUGACGUUGUUUUGCUACAACCGAAGGUGGAGCAGAACUUAACUAAGUACACAGGCGAACUGGAGAGAUACCAAGAUUUAUAUUCCAAGAUAUUUGCCAUCAAUAAAAUAUACAAUGAGAUGUUGCAGCAGCGAUCGGGCCAGCAGGUUCAGCAGAGGCCACCGUUCGAUAUUCCUCAAGCAAAUCCUUGGAAUUCGGGAACGCAAAUACCCAAUCCAGAGCAUAGAAAUAGCUCCAUUCCUCAAGAUGGACGUGCUUCAUUUAGCAAUGACAACACACCAAGUUACCACACGCUAUCAGACUCCAUUUCUUCAGGAGGUAAACAGACAAGGCAGAAUACUUGGAAUUCACAGCUAUCUGGCACGAACACGAUUACGGCGAUCGGUGAAAGACCACAGAUGCCACUUCCGGCAGCCAGUACUACAAAUAAAUCGGAAUUGAACAUACCAUCAUCUCCAUACGCGGACAAUCGCAAAAAUUCGUUCAAUUCGAUUGAUUAUGCGCCACUUCCUGAACAAGCCACGGUGCCUGUGCAGAAGGAACCAAGCAUGCCGGAUAGUGCUAUAAACUCAGAAAAGGAUUUGCAAGUGACUCCUACAGAAGAGAAACCGCCGCAACAGCAGGAACCUGUCAAUUUAAUCGACCUUUAA